AUGUGCCGCGUCGUACUACUCGACCAGACCCAGUACGUCAACCAACAGUUGGGAGCGGGGCUCCCAAGUAUCCCAGGACGGGAGAUAGCCGCGCCACCGGACGAGAUCACUCGUCCGACGUCCUUUCACGUCGCGGCGGUUCAACAGCUGCUCAACCAGAUAGCGCUGGCCACCGCGAGACUUUUUGAUCGCGUAACGCAAGGGUUACGCGGUGAUCUCGAUCAUGAGUGGGACAGGCGUCUCCAACUGGCGGACACUGUCUUGAAGCAUCGAGAUGAGUUUGCCUUUGCUCAACUUGAGAACGAGAGAGCUCUGACGUCUCUGCGUGACGAGCUAAGGGUAGCUCGUGGGGAUGUUGAGUGGUCUCGGGAUAAGAUAACUGCUCUUCAGACCCUUGUCGAUGCCCAGCAUCGGGAGCACAAGGCUCUCUGUGAGAUACUUGAGCGCAAGGGCAUUCUUCAUCAGAAGAAGCAGCUCACUGAUGGUACGGCUUAA